CAUACAGUCGGUCCUGUCCUGUCUCUUAGACCUGUUGGUGGUCUUGGAGAAGCCCCCCUCGUCGCUUGGCCCCUCCACCUCUCGUAGGAUGUCCCGUUGCCAUGACGACGUGCUGCGGCUGGUCCUGACGAACAUGGAGGCGGAGCAAAAGGUGGCGCUGCGUCGCGUCUACGCCUCCGCUCUGCCUCUGUACGUCGACAGGAUGGGCGUGGCCGUGUGUAGACACCUACGGCAGGUGGAGCGGGUGGUGCUGGGAUACCUGGAGGUCAGAGAUCCACCAGAGGAGACGAGUCGGCUGAAGAUCCUGGAAGUUCUUCAGAUAACAACCAGAGCGGCGUGGCCACGGGUGGCGUGCCGCGUUGCGCCGUUGCUGCGUUGCCUGAUGAAGUUGCUGGUUGCCGUGGAUUCAGACGGCGAGCUCCGCCUCUCAGUGAGACAGCGGCUGAUGGAUCAGGCGUCUGUCUGCCUCCAGCUGCUGGACGCCUGUUGUCACGGAGACGUGCAGCGUCUUCUCCAACAGGUUGACAGCAGCUGCUGCAGUUCUGAGGUGCUCCGUUGCCUAGCAACUGUGAUCGCCACGCCGGAGAGGUGAUGCAGACGGCCCGGACCACCUGCCAAUCAGGAGCUGGCGCUGUCACGCUGUGUAUUAUGGGCUGUUGAAGAUUAAAUGUCUUCAUGUUGUUACCGUGACAACCGAGUUGUUUCCAUUAUAUCGUACAAAGAAAUGAGCUGUUUGUAUUCAGCACCUGUAACAACAAUAAUUAAUUAAUUGAUCGAUCAGCUGUUUUUUUUAUUGAUCAAUAAAAAUGCUUCUCACCAAUUAUGACUGUAAAUGAACUGAUUAGAAUAAUUGAUCUGUUUCACAGAGAGAACGUGAUGUGAAAUCAGUUUGAUUAUCGAUCAGCAAAUAUUGAUUGUAAAGGUUUAAACGACAAGUCUUGUUUUAAAAAUCUGUCAUUCAUCAGUGAAACCGAUUCCCUUCAAAGAUAACUAUCAUUUACAUGUUUUCAUGAAGGCACCAUGAGCUGCAGCUGGGUUUUCUCCACAUGUUGUCAAAGACACUGAGGGAUCCACUUCCUGUCCAAAUAACUAUAAACAAAUAACAAACACAGGAGACAUUCAGUGACGAGGCGUUUGAAGACAGUCAGUAGAAGUGCACGUCCAUUUAACUUCACCACCGCUUCUUUAUUCUGAAGGAUGAGUUGGACUUCUCAUAGUGACGAUCCAGAGCUUUUGAUCGAGUCCCUCUGAUCUCGAUUCAAUCACUUCCCUUUAAGGUCGUUACAAACCUUCAUAUUAUGUAUUUGUACGGCUCUCAGAAAGAAAAUGAAAAACCUCCAGGAAAAAAGCACUAUGGGGGCUGUCCCAUGAAGACAUGAAGGAGCUGUGCUCUCUGUGAUCGCCCAGUGCGGGGACAGUAUGUGUGACGUACACAUGGAUAGUACCCGUGGACAUUAUGGGGGUACCGUAUAUAUGUGUGGACAGUACGCGGGGACAUUGUGUGGGGACUGUAAGCGGGGACAGAUUUAUUAUGCUUUCUACACAUUUGUAUGGAAAUAGCAUUAAAAAGCAUUUCCACACUGGAGAGUCCUAAAGUAAAAUGUAGCAGUAUUACCAAUACGAGUUCUGUAUGUAUAUUUAUUUGCAUAUUAAUACAUCAAUACUUGAUAACACAAUUAUUAAAGAGAGAAUCAGAUCCA